UCCUGGAUGCUAACUCAGCAAUAAUGGGGGCUCUCACUAAGCUGCCAGCCGUUGCUCAAGUCGUGGGUCUGGUAUAGGGAGAAACUAGGGUGUAAAUUUUCCUUAAUGGAAUCCAGAAAACAGGUUACCUUUCUCGAACGAGAUUCUGAUUGCCAGGGUCUGCAGCAAUCAUGCAUGAAAAGGACAUUAGGACAUAAUUUUCCAAAAACUCAUGCUUCAAAUGCACUGAUGUUUCCACUAACAAAAAAAGUAGCUGAACCGAAGGAACUGAAAGGCAGAGGGUAUCAAGUUCUGCUGCAACAGCCAUCACUCACUCCACAGGUGAAGACUGUACACAUCCCCAAAUCAGUGGAGAAUGCACCAUUUCUACAGCAUCCGGGUUUGAAAACAGGCCAGAAGCGCUAUCUAUACAGUAUUGCUAACAUCUACAGCACAGAUCACAUGCACAGGCUGAUGCAGAAACAAUACUUAAGCAUGUUGCAACAUCGUACCCAGCUUGGGUAUAUAACCCCACACGAAUGUCAGAAGUACACUGAUUAUCUCACAAAACAGUCCCACAAAGAAACCCGGAAGCAAAGUAACAGCAGGUCGUCAACAGCUCAAAGUCUUUCUAAGCAGUCACCAACUUUACAGGCUGGAAGACCACAUUUCCUCCCCGUCAUAGGAGACAGCAGCUGGAGGUUGCCUUCUAGAGCCCCAAACAAAGUAAACCUUAAGGCUAAGAGAGCCCAGGUUCAAGUCAACCGAAGUGACCAAAUCCAAAAGUGACAGAGGAUUAAGCACAACCGGUUGAUUCUACAAAGUUCCAUUCCUAAUACAGAUCAAAUCACAACAAGGCAAGCAAGAAUCAACGAAAGAAACAAAGAAAUGAAAAUUGAACACCCAAGUUGCCAAAAUAUUACUUCAGAACUCUGCAGUCCUAUUUUCUUCAUUAUAGCUGUUGUCUGAAGUUCCAAUAUUAACUUGUAAAAUAAUUAGUUUUGAAUACUUUCAUAAAAAAUGACCAAUAAUUUUCAUAGAUGAUAGGAGCAAAAUAUUGACUCCCCCCCCCCCAAAAGUAUGCAAAUUAAAUGUGUUAAGAAAAAAAAAAUGCUGUCUGUAACACAGUACUGAAAUACAAUAAAGAUAUUCUGAUGAAA